GUAUAAAAGCCAACCACUCCGCGGGGCCGGUCCACCCUCCACCACGCACCGCGCCUCUCCUCUCCUCUCCUCUCCACUCGGCCCGGCGGCCCGCGCAUUCCUUCCCGGCCGCGCUCGUCCCGGCUGCUCGGCGGACUCCAUCUCGUCCUCGGAUCCCGUUGGAGUUGGAGCGGCGCAGGAUGGUGACCAAGGUGGUGGACCUCCGGUCGGACACGGUCACCAAGCCCUCGGAAGCCAUGCGCGCCGCCAUGUCUGCGGCCGACGUCGACGACGACGUCCUGGGCGCGGACCCGACCGCGCAGAGCUUCGAGGCCGAGAUGGCCGCGCUCAUGGGCAAGGAGGCCGCGCUGUUCGUGCCAUCGGGCACCAUGGCCAACCUCAUCUCCGUCCUCGUGCACUGCGACGUCAGGGGUAGCGAGGUCAUCCUCGGUGACAACUCGCACAUCCACGUCUACGAGAACGGCGGCAUCUCCACCAUCGGCGGCAUUCACCCCAAGACCGUGAGGAACAACCCCGACGGCACCAUGGACAUCGACAAGAUCGUUGCGGCCAUUAGGCAUCCGAACGGGGCGCUGUAUUACCCGACGACCAGGUUGAUCUGCUUGGAGAACACACAUGCAAAUUGUGGUGGAAAGUGUCUGUCUGUAGAAUACACAGAUAAGGUUGGCGAAAUUGCCAAGAGUCAUGGCUUGAAGCUUCAUAUUGACGGAGCUCGCAUUUUUAACGCCUCUGUGGCACUUGGAGUUCCUGUACAUAGGCUUGUGAAAGCUGCUGAUUCAGUUUCGGUAUGCCUAUCGAAAGGGUUAGGCGCCCCUGUCGGAUCAGUUAUUGUCGGUUCGAAGGCCUUCAUAUACAAGGCCAAAAUUCUUAGGAAGACCCUAGGUGGUGGAAUGAGGCAGGUUGGAAUUCUUUGUGCUGCUGCAUAUGUUGCGGUUCGCGACACCUUGGGAAAGCUUGCAGAUGACCACAGAAAGGCAAAAGCUUUGGCAGAGGGACUGAAGAAAAUCAAACAAUUUACUGUGGAUUCAGCUUCAGUAGAGACCAAUAUGGUAUUCUUCGAUAUCGUGGAUCCACACAUAUCACCUGAAAAGCUAUGCCAAUUCCUGGAACAGCGCAAUGUGCUGGCAAUGCCAGCCAGUUCAAAGAGUGUCAGGUUUGUCCUCCAUUACCAAAUUUCAGAUAGUGAUGUUAAGUAUGCGUUGGCAUGUGUUGAGAAAGCUGUUGAAGAACUACUGACGGGCGAUACUAAAUUCGAGCAUUUGACAAAUGGUACAACCAAGAACUCAUAUGGGCACUAGAUCACUUCCUUUGGACCACCCUGAUGCAUCAAUUCGAUGCCCUGCUUGUUUGUGAAUUGUGAUCGACGCUAUUGUAGCCACACCUUUGCUGAAUAAUCAUUGCUGCUCACUCUUUUGCUUU